GGUGCGCCGCGGGCGCGGCGGCGCGCGGCCCCGGGCCCGGACCGAGACCGGGAACGCCUCAAUGCAGCGUUCGCUUCGGUUUUGAAUUUGAUGAGAGAAGUCUCGAAGGAGUGCGAGAAGUGCUAUGAGUCUAUGGCAGCCAACAAGUGCAAGGAGAAUGAAAUCAAACACUUCUGCAAAUACCAUGGCAAGUCAGUAGAAAGAAAGAUGGAUCCCACAGAAGAAGAGGGGACUGAAGGUUCUGUAGAACCUAGUCAAGCUCAAACUUGCCAGCAAAGGCCUAGAAGACCUUCCAAAGAUUUCUACAUUGAAGUUUCUCCUGGCAUCUAUUCUGUCACAGCAAUCUCAGAAGACAUGGUGGAACAAACCCAUAUAGUAGAUGUCAAUGCAGGACAAAGUGUUGAUUUAACUUUUGUUCUGUGAUGUUUGUUGUUUCCUGGCAAUAGCAGGAAUAAAACAUGAGGCUUUUUUUAAUGAGUGUAAUGAGCUAUAAAUAUCUUUUUCUUGUUAGCACUUUAAUAGUACCUUCCUCUUUGGGACUCCAUUUUUAUGGCCUGUAUAUUUGUUUUCUAGCUAAUGCAAUUAUAUGCAGCUCACUUUGUACACUGAUUUUUAUAAAUAUUUGUACAUUGUGUGCCUUUUAAAUCCAAUUAUGUGACUGUGUAAUUCCAGAUUCUUCUGCUCUAAACAAUUAAAGAUACAAUCAGUGAAAUAAAAUAUAUGAUCAAGCCUU